GGCUGACCAGCUGCCAGAAAAGCCUUCGUGCGGUUCAGGAGUCGGAGUAGCCUUUGCCUUCAUCCUUGCCUGGUCCCACGGGUGAACUAUGCUUGGUAAAAUUCAUCAUCCAAGACCAAGGAACACAUAAGCCCCUCUGCUUUUGUGCCCGUCUGGUCCCGUAACUGCUUCACGCCAUCUUGCCAAAGCUCAGGUGCGUUGGGGUGACUAUCUGGCAUCACCAAGAUGACGCUCCAUGCCACCCGGGCGGCUGCACUUCUUUCAUGGGUGAACAGUCUGCGCAUGGCAGACCCCGUGGAGACGGUGCUGCAGCUCCAGGACUGCAGCAUCUUCCUCAAGAUCAUUGACAGCAUCCACAGCACUGAAGAGGGGCGACCACUCAUGACACAGCCCUUGCCAGAGAGAUUGGACUUUGUGCGCAGUUUUCUGCAAAAAAAUCGCAAACACCCGUCUUCCCCAGAAUGCCUGGUGUCUGUGCAGAAAAUGAUGGAGGGAUCGGAGCUGGAAUUGGCCAAGGUCACCAUGCUGCUCUUGUACCACUUCACAAUGAGCUCCAAGAGCCUCCGCGACUGGGACCAGUUUGAAUACAAGAUUCAGGCUGAAUUAGCCGUCAUUCUCAAAUUUGUGCUGGACCAUGAGGAUGGGCUCAACCUGAACGAGGACCUGGAGAGCUUCUUGCAAACAGCUCCUGUCCCUUCCACCUGCUCGAGCACCGUCUCGGAAGAGCGCUCCCUGCCCAGCCACCAGACCAAGAAGGAGGUCCGCUUCCUAGAGCUGCAGAACGUCGCCUCCUCGUCCAGUGGGAACAACUUCCUUGCAGGGUCUCCAGCCUCCCCCAUGGGCGACAUCCUGAAUACUCCACAGUUCCAGGUGAGGCGGCUGAAGCAGCAGCUUGCCGACGAGAGGAACAAUAGGGAUGAGCUAGAACUGGAGCUGGCCGAGCACCGCAAGCUCCUCACUGAGAAGGAUGCCCAGAUCGCCCUGAUGCAGCAACGCAUUGACCGCCUGGCUCUGCUCAAUGAGAAACCAGCGACCAGCCCGCCGGAGCCCAGGGAGCUCGAGGAGUUGCGCGGCAAGAACGAGAGCCUCACUGUGCGGCUGCACGAGACGCUGAAGCAAUGCCAGGACCUAAAGACAGAGAAGAGCCAGAUGGAUCGCAAGAUCAACCAGCUAUCUGAGGAGAAUGGAGACCUUUCCUUUAAGCUGCGGGAGUUUGCCAGUCACCUGCAGCAACUCCAGGGUGCCCUCAACGAGCUGACCGAAGAGCAUGGCAAGGCCACCCGUGAGUGGGAGGAGAAGCGGGUCCACCUGGAGAAGGAGCUCGGCACAGCCCUGCAGGACAAGAAAUACCUUGAGGAGAAGAAGGAAAUCCUUCUGGGAAAACUUUCACAGCUGGAAGAGCGUUCUCCCCAGCCGCAGGAGAAGGGGGAGGUGCUGGGUGAUGCCUUAAAGCUGGAAGCCCUGACACAGGAGGCAGCCACUCUCGCUACAAACUGCGCAGAGCUGCAGGCCAAAGUGGAGGUGCUAGAGACGGAGCGGGGCCAGCAGAAAGCCCAGCUGCUGGCGGAGCGGGCCCAGUUUGAAGAAGAAAAGCAGCAGCUGGCUGGCCUGAUUGCAGGCCUGCAGAGUUCCAUCUCCACCCUCAGCCAGGCCAAGGAAGACCUGGAGAAGACCUCACAGGCACAGAAUGCACAGUUGACCACCCAGGUGGCCACUCUGACUUCUGAGCUCACCACGCUCAAUGCCACUCUCCAGCGGCAGGACCAAGAACUGACUGGCCUGAAGCAAGAAGCGGAAAAGGAGCAGGCCCAGCUAGCCCAGACGAUUCAGCAGCAAGAACAGGCCUCCCAGGGCCUCCGCCACCAGGUGGAGCAGUUGAGCAGCAGCCUGAAGCAGAAGGAGCAGCAGCUGGAGGAGGCAGUGAAGGAGCAGGACGUGAUCAGGCAGGACCUGACUCAACAACUAGCCACUGCUGCCAGGGAGCGGGAAGCCUCCUUGAGAGAGAGGGACACAGCCCUCCGGCAGCUGGAGGCAGAGGACAAGGAGAAGGCUGCUCAGCUGGAGGUUCUGCAGCAGCAACUUCAGGCUGCAAAUGAAGCCCGGGACGGUGCCCAGACCUCCGCAAGCCAAGCCCAGCGGGAGAAGGCGGAGCUGAGCGGGAAGGUCAAGGAACUCCACGCCCGCGUUGAGGCAGCCCAACAGGAGCAGCAUGCAACCCGGACCCAGGUGACGGAGCUGGAGGCCCAGCUGAGGUCUGAGCAGCAAAAAGCAACUGCGAGAGAAGGGGUGGCCCAAAAGAAUGAGCAGCUGCAGGAGCAGCUCCGGGCCCUUGAGGAGUCCUUGAAGGCCACCAAGGGCAGCCUCGAGGAGGAGAAGCGCCGGGCCGCAGAGGCGUGCGAGGAACAGCAGCGCUGUGUCUCCGAGCUACAGGCAGAGGCCCGCAACCUGGCGGAACAGCGGGAACAGGAGCAGAAGGAGCUAGAAGAAGAGAAAGCUGGGCGCAAGGGUCUGGAGAGGCAGCUGCAGCAGCGUGGGGAGGCCCAUCAGGCCGAGGUGGAAGCCCUGCGGCGGGAGCUGGCAGAGGCCGUCGCCGCCCAGCAGAGGGGGGAGAGUGAGUACGAGGAGCUCAUCAAGGAGCUGGCGACCUGGCGUGAGCGGUACGAGGAGAGCCAGCAGGAGGAGGCUCAGUAUGGCGCCCUGUUCCAGGAGCAGCUGGAGGCCCUCAAGGAGGAAUGCGAGAAGGCCCGCCAGGAGCUACAGGAGGCCAAGGAGAAGGUGUCGGGGAUCGAGGCCCAGAGCGAGCUCCAGAUGAGCCAGCAGCAGGAUGAGCUCACUCAGCUCCGGGGCAGCCUGGCUAGAGUCCACCAGCAGGUCCAGGAGAAGGAGGCCAGGGCCCAGAAGCUCACCGACGACCUCGCCGCUCUGCAGGAGAAGAUGGCUGCCACCAGCAAGGAGGUGGCCCGCCUGGAGGCGUUGGUGCGCAAGGCAGGAGAGCAGCAGGAUGCGGGCUCCCGUGAGCCUCUCAAGGAGCACCCCGGGGCAGGAGAUAAAGAGGCAGAGUGUCCGGAGGAGGAGGAGCAGCCCCAGCCCCCGUUCUGCAGCACCCAGGCCACACUGCAGGCUGUGGAGCGUGAGGCUGAGCGGAUGGGGAGUGAGCUGGAGAGGUUGCGUGCUGCGCUGAUGGAGAGCCAGGGCCAGCAGCAGGAGGAGCGCGGGCAGCAGGAGAGGGAGGUGGCACGGCUGAUGCAGGAGCGAGGCCGAGCCCAAGCAGACCUUGCCCAAGAGAAGGCAGCCAAGGCCGAGCUGGAGAUGCGGCUGAAGAAUGCCCUCAAUGAGCAGCGCGUGGAGUUUGCUGCCCUGCAGGAGGCACUGGCCCGCGCCCUGCGGGAGAAAGAAGGGAAGGACCAGGAUCUGGCCAAGCUCCGGAGUCAGGAGGCAGCCCAGCAAGCGGAGCUGGUGGAGCUGCAGCAAACCUUGGGACAACUGAAGGAGCAGCUGGCUGCAGAGAAGGAGCGCCAACAGUCCGCAGCAGCAGCCAGCGGAGAAGACGCCUCCAGGCCGGGAGCAACUGCAAAGACAGAGCCGUCGGGCGCGGAGCUGGAGGCCCUUCGAGCAGAGGUGAGCCGUCUAGAGCAGCAGUGCCACGGGCACCAGGAGAAGGCCUCCAGCCUGGAGCGCAGCCUGGACGCCGAGCGUGCCUCCCAUGCCCAGUGGGACAGCACUCUGGAUACCCUGAGAGGCCAGUUAGAGGAGAAGGCCCAGGAGCUGGGGCGCUGUCAGGAGGCCUUAGCCUCCGCCCACAGGGAGUUGACCGCUCACCGUGCCAAGGCCCAAGACCACAGCAAGGCUGAGGAUGAGUGGAAGGCCCAGGUGGCCCGGGGCCAACAGGAGGCCGAGAGGAGAAGCAGCCUCAUGAGCAGCCUGGAGGAGGAGGUGUCCAUCCUGAGCCGCCAGGUCCUGGAGAAGGAAGGCGAGAGCAAGGAGCUGAAGCAGCUGGUGGCGGCCGAGUCGGAGAAGAGCCGGAAGCUUGAUGAGAGGCUACGCCUCCUCCAGGCCGAGACGGCCAGCAGCAGCGCUCGAGCCGCUGAGCGCAGCUCCGCGCUGCGGGAGGAGGUGCAGACCCUCAGGGAGGAGGCUGAGAAACAGCGCGUGGCUUCAGAAAGCCUGAGGCAGGAGCUGGCCUCACAGGCGGAGCGGGCGGAGGAGCUGGGCCAAGAACUGAAGGCAUGGCAGGAGAAGUUCUUCCAGAAGGAGCAGGCCCUCUCCGCCCUGCAGCUGGAGCACACCGGCACACAGGCCCUGGUGAGCGAGCUGCUGCCCGCCAAGCACCUGUGCCAGCAGUUGCAGGCCGAGCAGGUGGCCGCCGAGAAGCGCCACCGGGAGGAGCUGGAGCAGGGUAAGCAGGCGGCCGGUGGGCUGCGGGCAGAGCUGAUGCGGGCUCAGCGCGAGCUCGGGGAGCUGGUGCCCCUGCGGCAGAAGGUGGCAGAACUGGAGCGCGUCGCCCAGCAGCUGCGGGCAGAGAAGGCGAGCUAUGCCGAGCAGCUCAGCAUGCUGAAAAAGGCCCAUGGCCUCCUGGCCGAGGAGAACCGGGGCUUGGGGGAGCGGGCCAACCUGGGCCGGCAGUUUCUGGAAGUGGAGCUGGAUCAGGCUCGGGAGAAGUACGUGCAGGAGCUGGCCGCCGUGCGCGCUGAUGCAGAGACCCGUCUGGCGGAGGUGCGGCAGGAAGCACAGAAUGCUGCCCGGGAGCUGGAGGUGAUGGCUGCCAAGUACGAGGGCGCCAAGGUCAAGGUUUUGGAGGAGAGGCAGCGGUUCCAAGAGGAGAGGCAGAAACUCACUGCCCAGAUGGACGAGCUGAGUAAGAAGUUAGCGGACCAUGACCAAGCCAGCAAGGCGCAGCAGCAGAAGCUGAAGGCUCAAGGAGGCGAGAGGCAGCAGGAGGCCCAGCGCCUCCAGACCCAGCUCAAGGAACUGCAGGCCCAGCUGAGCCAGAAGGAGCAGGCCGCCGAGCACUACAGGCUGCAGAUGGAGAAGGCCAAGACCCAUUAUGAUGCCAAGAAGCAGCAGAACCAAGAGCUGCAGGAACAGUUGCAGGGCUUGGAGCAGCUGCAGAAGGAAAACAAGGAGCUGCGGGCGGAAGCUGAGCGGCUGGGCCGGGAGCUGCAGCAGACCAACCUGAAGAGCAAGGAGGCGGAGCAGACCUGCUGCCAACUGACUGCCCAGGUGCACAGCCUGGAGGCACAGGUGGCCCAUGCUGACCAGCAGCUUCGAGACCUGGGCAGGUUCCAAGUGGCAACUGAUGCUUUAAAAAGCCGGGAGCCCCAAGCUAAGCCCCAGCUGGACUUGAGCAUCGACAGCCUGGACCUGAGCUGUGAGGAGGCGACUCCACUUGCUAUCUCCAGCAGGUCUCCUUCCUACAGCAAGCUGCCUCGGACCCAGCCUGAUGGCACCAGUGCUCUUGGAGAGCCAGCCUCGCCUAUCUCGCAGCGCCUGCCCCCCAAGGUAGAAUCACUCGAGAGCCUCUACUUCACCCCCAUCUCUACUCGGAGCCAGGCGCCCUUGGAGAGCAGCUUGGACUCCCUAGGGGAUGUCUUCCUGGACUCGGGCCGCAAGACCCGCUCUGCCCGUCGACGCACCACCCAGAUCAUCAACAUCACCAUGACCAAGAAGCUGGAUGUGGAGGAGCCUGACAGCGCCAACUCAUCAUUCCAUAGCACACAGUCAGCCCCUGCACCCCAGGCCAGCCUGCGGACCACCUCUGACACCCAGUCUCUGCCCUGCCUGAGCUCUGCCAGUGAGGGCAACUCGGCACUGCUCAGUCUGCCUGGCUACCGGCCAACCACGCGCAGCUCAGCUCGACACUCCCAGGCCAGGGUGUCCAGUGGGGCACCUUCAGGAAGGAGCAGUUUCUACAUGAGCAGCUGCCAGGACGAGCCUGAGCAGCUGGACGACUGGAACCGGAUCGCAGAGCUGCAGCGGCGCAACCGGGUGUGCCCUCCCCAUCUGAAGACCUGUUACCCCACAGAGUCUAGGCCUUCCUUGGGCCUGGCCACAAUCACAGAUGAGGAGCUGAAAACUGGCGACCCCCAGGAGACCCUGCGCCGGGCCAGCAUGCAGCCAACCCAAAUCGCUGAGGCCACUGGUAUUACCACCCGGCAGCAGCGCAAACGGGUCUCUUCAGAAUCCCACCAGGGCCCCGGAACCCCGGAGUCUAAGAAGGCCACCAGCUGUUUCCCACGCCCCAUAACUCCCCGGGACCGCCACGAAGGGCGCAAACAGAGCACUACCAAGGCUCCGGAGAAAGUCGCACCAGCUGUUGUCAAACAGGCUGACCGGCGCCAGUCCAUGGCCUUCGCCAUCCUUAACACACCCAAGAAACUUGGGAACAGCCUUCUGCGGCGGGGGGCUUCCAAGAAAGCCCCAUCUAAGGCUUCCCCCAACACCCGCGGUGGGACCCGCCGCUCUCCUCGCAUCGCCACCACGGCCACCGCCACCGGCCCUCGAUCCAGGGGCAAGGCAAAGCACUGAAAGGCCAGUACCAGUGAGCGGUCCCACCUGUGUCCCUGAUCCUGCCCUCUCUGGUCCUUCUCCUCCCACUGUCCCUCUCAGUGCCUUCGCUCAGCUCCCAGGCCAGGUGGCCGAACCACAAAAGACAGUGAUGCUUCCGUUGUCCCGUGCCUCGGGUGGGGUGGGGUGGGGUGGCUGCCUUCAGGGUAGCUCACCUCCCAACAUCCCCAGACUUGGCUGGGGUGGGAUUUGGAGUGAUGGGAAGGUUUUUAAGGGCCAGGGAUGGAUCUUUUCUAAAUGUUAUUACUUGUAAAUAAAGUCUAUUUUUUGCCCGUAA